CACAGAAGCAAAAUGGCCGAUAGCAAACUAACCGAUCACACAGCGUCUGACAGUCAUCAAGGGGUUAUGCAUGUUUUGUUUACAGCUUGAGAACUACAGUCGCUCACAAAAAGGAAUACUCGCCUUUUCCUCGGUUUUUUUUCUACGAUUAUCAUUUCGGUGAUGUCAUUUCUUAUUCAAUUUAGCCUUGAACGCCUCGAAGAACUAGCUCGCUAGGCUAGCUACCUUUGCUAGCCUGCUAGCGGUGGGUCUGCAAGAAUUUUUGCACAGAAGCACUUUAUGUCCUAUGUGAUUCCCGAGACAGGAGAAUCAGGAAAGGGAACAGUAGUUCAUGGAAGACAAGAAAAAGAAGAAAGAAGAUAAAAAGAAAAGGGAAACCUCUCAGAAGGUGCCAGAACAGAAAAUCAAAGUGCCAGAAUCAGCCAAGCCCUCCUGUUCCCAGCCGCUAGCCACCCCAGGCUCAGUGUCCCCCAGCCCUGGCCCUGUCGCCCCCUUGUCCCCUAGUCCUGGUGCAGCCGGGGUUUCUGCACAAGUUCCUCCUGGUGGCGGGAACAAUGCAAAGCAGCGGACUGCUGUGGCCAACGGACAGCCCACCUCCUCCCCCUCUGGAAGCCAGACCUCCCAACAGCAGCGAUACAUGUCCAGAGAGGUUCCGCCGAGAUUUCGCUGCCAGCAGGACCAUAAAGUGCUACUGAAGAGGGGCCAGCCACCGCUGUCCUCCAUGCUACUGGGGGGAGGCGGAGGGGACGGGGGUGUUGGAGGAGGCAGUGGCUGGGCAGGCGCCCCAUCUCUUUCCUCCCAGGGAGCAGAUGCAAACACAGCUGGAGGCGCAGAUUCCAACCUGGGUUCAUCCUCCGCUUCACCCCCCAACUCAUCCUCAUCAUGCGUCGCUGCUCUGUCGUCUUCUUCUUCUUCUACUACUACUACUUCAACUUAUGCAAAUUCCACUUGGGGGGCGGGCUCUGGCAGCCAGUCCUCUUCUCAGGGCUGCGGGAAGGUAAUUGUGGACGGGACGGACCUGGGGGAUUGGCCUAGCAUCCUAGGAGGGGCCAAAUCAAGUUCUGACGGGGCCGGAGGAGGAGGAGGAGGAGGAGGGGGUAUGCAGGAGCAAGACUGCCCUGGAAACAACAACAACAGUAGUGCCUCAUGGAGUGAGAGAAACAUCCAGCAGAAGGGAGGAGCAGCAGCAGCAGCAGCAGGAGGAGGAGGAGGAGGAGCAGGGAACAUGGACAAUCCUUCCUCUCAUCGUUCUUCUCCUCUUUCCCCCUCUUCCUCGCUUAAUGAAUGUGUUCAGUCGAGUGGCGGUGCGUGGGGCUCUUCCUCCUCCUCUCAGGCGGAGACAGGGCUCGGGUCGGCAGCGUUUUACAAUUCCAAAGUCUCCCAUCUUCUUCCCGGGCCUCCGGAGAGCCCCGCAGGUGGCAGCAGCGGCGUCCCUGGUGCCAAUUUCAACCCCAACGUGAACCCCUCCGCCUGGCCCACCCUGGCGACGGGUGCUACGUCCACAUCAGCUGGCGACGGACUUCCACUACCCUCGUCCAUCACUCCGGCUUCCUCGCUCUCUGCCAGCGCCGCCCUCAGCACCACUCUCUCUCUCUCAUCUGUGAAUCAACCGGGCGUCCAUCAGCAGGCGGCUGCAGGUGGAGCUCAGCAGCACUUAGGAAACCUCGGGCCGGAGUCGGGUUCAGGCGGGGGGGCAAGAGGACCAAAUCAAGAAGGCGGCGACGAGCGGGACUGCGGAGGUGCAGAAGGCGAAGGGAGUGUCGACUCCUCGUCUUCCUCUUCCGCCGCCUCUUCUUCUUGGAGAUCCAUGCCUCCGGUGUCCUCGGACCUAAGUGGAGGUGGGAGCUCGCAGGCAGAUGGGUGGGGGGGUGGUGGAGGAGGAGGUGGAGGAGGAAGUGGAGCUCAGGGGCAGGAUGGGAGUGUGUGGGGCUUUGGAAGCCAGGGUGACAAGGGAGGGUGGGGCAGGGGAAAUGAUGGUAGCUCAAAUACCACAGCGGUAUCUCAGGGAGCGUGGGAGGGAGGCGGUUCAGAAGUGGAGUGGGGGGGCACGGCGGGAGGUGUAAGUUCGAGCAACUUAGCAAUAGGAAGAGGAGGAGGAGGAGACGGGAGCAGCAACAGCAGCAGCAGUGGAGGCAGUGGCGGCGCUCUGAAGGACUCCACCUCACCAAAGUUUGCAACUAUGACAAAAGCUUGGGACAAUCAGAAAGGGAUGGAAAGCGGGGAGGUGGAGUGGGGUGGAGGGGGAGGGGGAGGACAGGUCGGAGGCCCGGCAGGUGGAGCGCCUUCAUCCUCUAGCGGAGGAGUGUCGACAGCCGGGAGUGGCGGAGGAGGGAGCGACAGCGGACACAAACAAGAGCAAGCCUCGUCCGAACCCCCGUCCUCCGAGAAGACCUCCACUGCUGACGUGGCCUUACUCAGCAUGCUCAGCCGAUCCGACCUGGACCCCAGGAUCCUGUCCAACACCGGGUGGGGGCAGACCCAGAUCCGACAGAAUGUGGCCUGGGACCUGGACCCUGUCACGGGAGUCAGGAGCAGAAGCGAAAGAAGCUCUUCAUCUUCCUCCGCUUUCUCCUCGUCCGCCAUGAACACCCCCGCCAGUCGCAGCUACCCGUCUAACUCGAGUUCAACCACCAAUGAUCCCUCCAGCUCCGGAGCGAGGGACGGCUGGGAGGGGGGGGCAUCACAGUCCACCUCCGGUCCUCACAUGGCUGGUAGCGCUGCGAGGAAGCCUGGAACGCCAGAAGAAGCUGGAGGAUGGGGGGAUCCCCCACCUGAGAGCCAGGGCAAAGGGUGGGGGACUGAAGAGAAGAAGUGGGGGGAUCACAGAGGAGGGGAUCGAGGAGGGGAUCGAGGAGGUGAUCGGGGAGGAGGAGGGAACUGGAGAGACUACGGCGAACAGGGUAGUGGGUGGACAGACUGUCCAGAGGAUAAAGGGACAAUGGGAUGGAAGGGGGGUGGAAGAGGAGAGGCCGGUGGUUGGGGGGGAGACAGGGGACAGAGGGACUCAAUGCCUGGAGGAGAUGGACGCAGCAGAGGAGGAAGCAACUCUGAGGAGAAGGGAUCUUCCUGGGGUCAUUCGGAUGAUUCUCAGGGGGGAGGAUGGGGUGGAGGGGGAGAUGUGGGUGGAGGCAAACCUCACCAGGACUGGGGGAGUUCCAAGCCCCACCCAGCAGCAGCAGCAGCACCGAUACCAAACAGCCAAGCGGCUCCAAUGAAAGCCCCAAAUCAACAGCAACACCAAUCACAGGGGCCCCCCCCAGGAGGCCCCGGGCAGGGAGGGUGGAACAGCCGCUCCAAUGCCGGGGGUGGAGCUCCACCUCCCAAGAAUCAGAACCAAAGUUCAGGCUGGACAUCUGGCCCGAUACCUGAAAUCCCCGGAGGUGGGGGGGGGGACUCCCUGGAGCCCAGCGGCUGGGAAGAGCCCUCCCCUCAGUCCAUCAGCCGCAAGAUGGAGAUCGACGACGGCACGUCAGCCUGGGGGGACCCGACCCGCUACAAAAGCAAGAAUGUGAAUCUGUGGGACAAAAAGAAUGCUACGCCCGGUCAGCAGGCCCCCCCGCCAUCCAUCCAGCAACCACCCAGGAGGCAGCAGGGGAUGCAGCACGGCCGGGACGGUAACCCUGGCAACACUGCAGCAGGUCCAGGCAUGUGGGGGGGAGGAGGUGCACAGUCAGGGGAUAACGGUACGAACACCUGGGGUCAGUCGUCGGAGGCAGCGCCAGGUUGGGGGGAUCAGGAUGAACCCAGCAAACCUUCUGGCUGGGGGAACCCUUCGGCCAACCCUGGUAAACCUGGCAACAAGUCGAUGGAGAGCUGGGGAGGGAAGGGAGAGAGCUCUGUGGCGGCCUCCCGUCACCCCAGCUGGGACGAAGAGGACGAUGGAGGUGGAGGACCGUGGAACAGCGGCGGCUCCCAGGGAAACAACUCCUCCUACAACUCCGGAGGCUGGGGGCAGAGUCAUGGAGGAAAGAGGGGCAACAUGAAGAGUGGAGGAGGGGGGGACAGCUGGAUGAACCCAGUGUCACGCCAGUUUUCUAACAUGGGUCUCAUGGGCGAUGACCCCAGUCUGGACAAGAAGAUGGAAGGAGACAAGAGAGGAAUGCCUGAUUACAACGGAGAGAUGCGGAGGGGAGGGAGAGGUGGAGGAGGGGGCUACCGCAUGCCUAGUUCCAAAGACAUGGGUCCUGUUGACAUGGGGCCCUAUGGUGAAAAGAUGGGCGGCCACGGGGUGUACGUCGGCAGCAGCGGGGGGAUGCCUCCACCUCGAGGGAUGCACCAGCCUGGCAUGCAUCCCAUGAACCCCUCCCAGGGUAUACGUGCUCAAGUGCCUCAUCAGUUCCUGUCUGCUCAGGUGCCGGGCCCCAUGCUGAAGCAGAUGCCCUCUCCCGGUGGCAGCGUGGGCGGAGUGGUUGGAGGAGUGGGAGGUGUCGGCGGGGUCGGAGGCGUGGGAAGUGUCGGAGGGGUCGGCGGUGUUGGCGGAGGAGUGUUCCCUCCUCAGAUCUCCCCGCAGCAGCUAGCAAUGCUCGGCAACAUUUACCCCCACAUGCAGCAGUUCCAUCUGGCUUGUCAGCUCCUGCUCCAGCAGCAGCAGCAACAGCAGCAGCAGCAGCAGCUCCUGCAGAACCAGAGGAAGUUCCCCCAGCCUCAGCCUCUCCGGCAGCAGCCUGACCCCCAGCAGCUGGCCAGGAUCAUGGCUAUUCUGCAGCAGCAGAGACAGCAUCAGCAGGGUGGAGUCGGAGGAGCAGCUCCAGGAGGGAGCUCCAAACUGUCCCCCUCUCACCUGGGGGGAGGCCUAUCCAAACAGCCCAUGGUAGACUCCCUUCCUCACCCUGGAAUGGGAGGCGCCUUAUCAGAUCUUCAUGCCAAAACACAAGGGAUGUAUUCUGGGCUCGUCCCUGGUGGAGGCCUGGAGCUGGGUCCCAUGAUGGGAGGGAUGAAGGACACAGGAGGACAGCAGUCCCGCUUCAAAUGGAUGAUGGAGGGACACUCCCCGGCUCCAUCCCCCCCUGACGCAGCUCUUCACAAGAAUGGUCCUUUACCCAGUGGUAUGAAGGUGAGAGGAGGAUCCCCGUACUCCCAGUAUGAGAUGCUGGGCAGCGAUGGAAUGGGGAUUCCCCCUCAAGGUUCUGCAGACAACUGGCACCGGACCCCCGGGAGUAAAAUGGGCAACAAACCUGCCACAUCCAGCUGGCCUCCAGAGUUCCAGCCCGGUGUGCCCUGGAAAGGAAUCCAGAGCAGUGGAGACCCGGAGUCUGACCCCUACAUGACCCCCGGGAGUGUCCUGGGCUCCCCGGGACCCCCGAGUCUCAACGACUCUGACCACCAGUUACUGCGAGACAACAUAGGGCCAAACCCCUCCCUCAACACCUCGCUGCCUUCACCUGGUGCCUGGCCCUACAGUGCCUCAGACAGCCCCCUCAGCAAUGCACACAGCACAGGAAAGUACUCGGAGUACAAGCCCAGCUGGCCCCCGGAGCCCAUCGGACAAAACAAGAUGUGGAAGACCAAUCGCAACAGCUCACAGCUGCCACGCCCCCCUCCUGGCUUAUCCAGUCAGAAGCAGGCCUCGCCCUCCCCGUGGGCCAGCGGAGGCCCGCGGAUGGCUCGGAACUGGGGAGGGGGCGGGAUUAAUCAAGAGUCAAGAUACGGCCCAGGCUCAACCUGGAGCGAUGGUGUUACCCCCAGAGGAAGCUGCUGGCUGCUGCUGAGCAACCUCACCCCUCAGAUUGACGGCUCCACGCUGAGGACGAUCUGCAUGCAGCACGGCCCGCUGCUGACCUUCCACCUCGGCCUCACACAGGGCAGCGCUCUGAUUCGCUACAGCAGCCGGCAGGAAGCAGCCAAGGCCCAGGGUGCACUGCACAUGUGUGUCCUGGGCAACACCACCAUCCUGGCAGAGUUUGUGAGUGAGGAGGAAGUGGCUCGCUAUUUUGCACAUUCCCAGGCGGGAGGCGCGGAGGGGUCCGGCUCGGGAGGGUCAGUGGCAGCCGGCGGGACGAAAGGGUCUCCUGGAGCAGGCACUGCGGCGGUCAGUGGCGGAGGCAGCUCCCCUGGGAGUGAGCGGGUGGCGGGGGGCACAACUUCAGGUGGAAACGGUGGCGGAGGGGAGAGUGGAGCGGCGGCUCUGGGUGGAGGGAGAUCCUCUGGCUCCGCCUGGCAGGGUCUCGACGGUACAGGAAGUUCAUCAGAAGCUUCUUCAGCCCAAGGGCCCGGGCUGGGAGUUUUCUCCCAGUGGAGCAACAACGGUGCCGGCGAGGGAGGGGGAGGUGUCGGGGGAGUGGACUCUGCUAGGUCUGGGCUGUGGGGGGGCAUGACUGCAGGAUACCCCAGCAGCAGCAGCCUGUGGGGGGCACCGCGAAUGGAGGAAAGGCACCAAAUGGACAGCCCUGCCGCCUUGUUGCCUGGCGAUCUGCUGGGGGGAGGGGCUGACUCAAUCUGACGAGCCCCCCCCCCUCUAUUUGUAGGUGUAGGUUUGGACACACUGAUACAAAAAUACACUGGGAUACAUAUGUACUUACUAUAGCACACACACAUGGUAUGCAUAUUAAUGUAAUACACCUAUACACACACGUGCGUACAUAUACACAGUAUGCAUAUAAAUGUGCACACACACAUCAAGCAGAAAUGUGAGACAUGCUUACACACAUUCUCGUGGCCAGACUUAAGCUAUUAUAUAAACAAAUGCAGGGACUGUUAGAUGUGUAUACAGCCUUUUUUUCCACAGAUGAAGAUUUCAACUGCUUAGACUUGAAACCUGAAAAAAAGAAAGAAUGAGGAGUCUCAAAGACUUGACUGGAUUGCAAUGUGCUUAGUAAAUAGGGGACUUUUCAAAACAGAUUUACAUACACAUGCACACACCAAAUACAGACGAGCCUUCAGACAGAUGGGCACUGUAAACAGCAUUACCUUCAUCGUAUAAAAACUACUACAUGAUGUGAGGUUAAAGUGCAUUUUGUAUUCACGUCCCCUUAAAAGCGGAGACCGAAUCCACAUGCAAACAGCUCUGAUUGAAAACAGAACUGUAUCUUACUGUGUGUUUUUCUUUUGUUUGUAUGUAUGGUUUCAACUUUUCUUUUUUUUGAACAGUGAAAAUAUUGAAAAUUUGUCAUUGUUCUGUUUUCAAAAAUGCUGACCUCCUACUGUUGUAUCUCACGCACUCUUUCUCUGUUAUUCUCUCUUGAACAUGUUUGUUACUGUUGCAGUGAUAAAUGUUAAAUUGCUGGCAGUUUGAGGCUACGUUGCAUUUCUCCAUGUGUCGUAUACACACUAUAUGGACACGAGUAUGAGUGAGACUGAGACCAAGUUUGUGGAUUAAAACCACAGUUGUUGUGUGUGAAUGUGAGGAUAGUGUGUGUGUGUGUGUGUGUGUGUGUGUUUGCGUGUGUGUGUGUGCAUGUUACUGCCUGUCAUAAUGUGGGCAAGGCUGCUUACUAUACAGAAGGUCUAUACAAAAAUGUUUUUGAGUACAUUCGGUAAACUGCUGACUGUGUUAAGAAAUAUUGGCACUAAUGCUUUUUUUUUCUUCUCUCAUUUGAAGUUGUUCGUUGUUUUUUUUUAGUCUUUUUUAUUGUCCGACCUGCAAUAAUAAAAAAGAAAAAUUUUAAUGACACAAAGAGCUGAAGGCAUAUGCGUUGAGUAAAUGGACAUGCCAAAUCUUAUCAAACUGUGUGGAGGGGAAGGGGGAGGGACAUGGGGGUGGGGUGGGGGGGGGGGGUGGCGGGUUGUUUACAGAUGCAGAGUAAGAGUUACCGUACGUUUUCAAUGUUCUGUUGUUGUGUAUUCGUUUUAAAUUAAGACAGGCUUUAACACUCCUGUUCAGUGUUUUCGUUAAGAGAUUUUACAAAGGAAAAAUUUAUUUAAACAAAUGAGAACAAGAUUAAUAAAGAUGAAAGUAUUGGCUUCUAA